AUGUCGCUGUUUGGAGAUUUGCCACCGCCGUCGACCGAGGAAGAGCCAAAGGAUGACGAGAAAGAGAAGAAGGUCGAGGGCUCUGUUGCACGAAAGAGCUGGGCGACGCCUGCAUUCGCACCCAAUUUGAAGCGGCAAAGAGCACCCAAGCUAGGCAAAAGCCCAGCGGUGCUGGCUGCCUUCAACGACGCACCAGACGAUGCAGCGCUGCCAACGACAGAGGUGCCGCGGCAGGUGAGCAUGGCGGCCCAGCGCAGCAGCAGGCCUAUAAAGGCAGCGAUUCCGGCACUGAACCCGCGGCACCCGCACACCUUGCCUAGUGACCCGCAGGCGCUGAUAAACCAGUGGAAUGCGCGACACAACGAAUCAGCGACACCAUGCACGGCAGCAGAGGAUGCUGCCAAGGACAAGCCGCCCUCUUCAUUGCUCAACUACCUUCCGGCUCUGCCCAAGCAGAAACGGCGGCCAGGCGGCAUUGCUAGCGACGCCGAUUUUGACCCGAGCGAGGAGUACAACCCAAUGGUUCCGACCAACUAUCAGAUGUAUUGCAGGUGGCUUGAGCGCGAGCGCCAGCUCCAGAUCCGCGAGAUGUAUGAGCAGGAGGAGCUCGAGCGUGGUGGGCUGGAGACAGCGUCGAGCCUGAUGGCCAGCGGCACCCCCGGAUUCAUUGACAUCUUUGACCACUUUGGAGUGAUCAGGCCCGAGUUUGACGAUCGCACGGAGACAGAGAUGUCGCCUGCCGAUAUGUUCUUUUUGACCAUGUCGUUGUUCCUGGUCGGUGGUUGCGUGUCGAUCGUCGGCGGCUACUACCUCAACCGGGCUCUGCGUGGCGGAGACGCCAAGAAGGUCGCUGCUGCCAGCAAGGCAAGCAAGAAGAACAACUAG